AACACUAAUCUAAAAACUUUUCUCCGGAAAAUCGGAAAAUUAUAAAUUUUGUAUAGAAACAAAGAAACAAAUUUACCAUAUUUAUGAUGCUUUAUAUGAAGAAACAAUCAAACAGUGUAUUUUUUGAAGUUGUAUAAGAUCUACUUAGCGACAGAAACAACGGCAAAAAUAGUAUCAAAGUUGAAUACCUUGGCAGAUUUAGGUGCCUGCCAAAAUGGAAUACUAGCAUCUCAAGAAUUUUAGAAUAGAACUAUGUGGCAUGUUUCUCUAUUAUUACUUGAGAAACAUGAUCAUCUUUUACAUCAUACGUUUCAUGCUUGCGGAUGAUCCUCAAAACAUCAAAAGAACUUGCUGUUUAGUGAGCAAGAGAACAUUAUUAGCUUGGCAUCUAUUGUCUUCAAUGGGUCUUAAAUUAUCAGUCUCAAUAUCCAUAUGGAUGCUUUUAAUAUCAAAGAUAAGGAACGAAGGUCCUGUGAAACAAGAUAAGCUACCUCUGCAUUUAUUGCUUGAGCUGAAAUCUAAUUCCUUUUAUAAGAUCAGGAAGUGUGGUCUUUUGAAUCACAAUGAAGGGAUGAUAAUUAUCCAAAAAUGGUUUUAGAACAAUCGGGUGGUGAUGGUAUUUUUAUUUUCUUAUUAUUUAUUAUCAAUGUGGUAAUUUGCUUUUUUUAUUGUUAUUGGUAGUAACUUCAAUACUUUGUUAAUUUAAAUACAAUCUUUAUCUCUGGAAAAUUAAAUAAAUAUUAAUUUAUAUUUGUUUUAUG